AUGACCGAUUCAAAGCAAAUAAUACCCUUAGAAUCAAAUCCUACGAUCUUUACAGAAUUAGCAUAUAACUUAGGUCUUUCAAAAAUACUACAAUUUCAUGACGUAUAUUCACUAACAGAUCCGGAUUUAUUGUCUUUUUUACCACAACCUAUAUUCGGAAUAAUACUACUAUUUCCAUUAACUGAGAAUUAUGAAUCAUAUAGAGCUCAACAGGAUUCAUCAAAACCAACUUACGAAAACGAAAAGAGCAAGGACAUUUUAUGGUUAAAGCAAACGAUUGGGAAUGGAUGUGGAUUAUAUGCUUUACUACAUAUUUUAAUCAAUUUACUGAAUGAUUUGAACUUAUCGAAUCUGCAAAUAAAGUCUUUAAUAUCUAGUUUGGAAAGUUCAGAUUUAUCAGUUGAAGAAGUAAGUUCAAUAGUUGAAAAGUUAGAAGCUAGUUUAAAAACAGAUGAAAAUUUUGGCACGAAAGGUCAAACUGAAGCUCCGCCGGCAGAUUCACAAAUUAAUUUACACUUCAUUACUUUCAUAAAAGGAAAAGAUGAUCAUUUAUAUGAACUAGAUGGAAGACGAAAUGGCCCAAUCGAUUUGGGAAAAAUUGAUGAUAUAGGUAAAGACAAUUUGAUAAACGAACCAAAAUUAGUUGACAAAAUUCAGUUUUAUAUUGAUAAUGCAGAUGGGGCGAACAAGCAUAAUUUUGCAAUUAUGGCAUUGGGCCCCACUAUGGAUUAA